AAAGGGGGAGGAGGUUAUGGAGAAGCUUUUUGAAAUUGUUGAGAAUUCAGGAUUUCAUCCUCUCUGAGUCUGCGCAGGCUGCUGUAACCAAAUAGCGCAGACGGGAGGGCUUCAACCGCAGAGAUUGAUUGUCUCUCAGUUCUAGAGGCCGGAAGUCCAAGAUCAAGGUGUCAGCAAGUUUGGCUUCUCUUGAGGCCUCUGUCCUUGGUUUCUCCUGUGUCCUCACGUGGUCACCCCUCUGUCUGUGCGUCUGUGUCCUGCGCUCUUCUAAGGACACCUGUCAUAUUGGAUUAGGGCUACCCUAAGGACCCCGUUUUAUCUUAGGCACCGCUCUAAAGGCCCCAUCUCCAAUACAGUCCUGUUCUGAGUUAUUGGGGUUGGGGCUGCAGCACGUGAAUUUUGGGGGACAACAAUUCAGUGCAUAGCACAUCUUGACCAAUUCCUGAACACGUCUUUCUGGUUACUUGCUUUUAUGCCUUUUGCGCACAGUCCUUCCAGAUGGAAGGCCUGGAUUCGAGUAAGAGGUGACUGACAAAUGCAGACUUAGGAUUGCGGAUGGGCCGGACACGCUGCUUUUGUAACAGUGGAGCAAAAGCAAAAACCUGGCCCCGGGGAGCCUUGGGCAGGUGGAGGGCAUUUCAUAUCUUUGUUCUGCAGAACUCCUCCUGGAAGCCCUCCCUUGAGCACGACCUGGGGGGCACAGCUGGCAGCACCAUGACCUUACUGUCCACGCAGAUCCCCUCCAGGUGCCAUCCACACUCAUGUGAUGGAUAAACUGGUAUCCUGGGCAAGCAACACUGUGUGGAACUGGCUCCCAUUGGGCUCCCGCAGGCUCCCCAUAUGCAGUCCCUCGGAAACCGAGGACUGGACCAGUUUCUCAGACUGGACUGGCAACCCCAGGGCAGGGCCCCAUGAUAGGAGGGAGGCGUCCCGGGGGACCUAUGAACCUCUGCUGCCUGACUAGUGUACGUCCCUCCUGGGGUACCCUAACAUCCCCAGCUCGUUUCUGGGGGGCUGCAUGUGUCCUCUGGGUCACACUGUGUGUGCCCAUCACCAUGCUGGUUCAGGCUGCAGGUCAGCCCGGACUCCCUGGCCACAGCUGUGCUGUACCGGCCUCAGUGCCUGGGGUAAAACGACUCCCAGAGACCAAGGAGCAGGCCACCUGGCUUUCGAAGGUGGGCUUUUAUGGUGAGCGGGGUUCUUUGAUUUUAACUGGCUAAUCCAGGACCCUAAGAGGUACUGAGAUCAGUCCUGCAGGUUGGCCUGACCCUUCUGUGUGAUCCUGGUGCAAAGGCACCUGGGCCAAGGGGUGAGCUUGCAGAAAAGGUAACAGCAGGCCUGAGGCUGCUCUCCUUACGAAGGCCUGCUGCGGGUUGGCCCUCGGCUGGCGCCUGGGAACUUGGACUGGGGGAGGCUUCUCACCGUUCCCUACAGGACGAGCAGCUCACUCUGCCUGAGCUGUGUGUGUAGACUGUGGUUUUGUUGAAUACCUGCUUUCCUGUGGUAAUCUGGAAUCCGGUGUGCCCGGCAGGGGGCGCUACGUGAGCAGCCCCGGUAAAGCCCUGGGCACCGAGUCAGCUCCCCUGGUAGACACCAUUUGGCAUGUGUGGUCACAGCUCAUUGCUGGGGAAUUCAACAUGUGUGACCCCACUGGGAGAGAACUCCGGGGAGCCUGUGCCUGCUUCCCUCCGGACUUGGCUUUCUGUGCCUUUCCCCUGGCUGAUUUUGCUUCCUAGUCUUUCGCUGUAAUGUCAUCAAACGAGGAGGUGGCCUUGGGGACCCCCAACACAGGGCACAGGGGACUUCUGGGUGUCAGCAGCGUUCUUUCUCAGUCUGUUUACAUGGGUGUGUCCAGUGUGUGAAACGUCGCCGAGCUGUGCAAUUAUGAUAUGUACACCUUUUCUGUACGUAGAAUCAACUUCAACAAAAAGAUGAAAUAGAAGACUACACACCACGAGGAUAAAGAAUAAUAACUUAAUUUUUUGUUUAAACUCCCUUUUAUUCAGCAAACGUUUGUCACCCCUUUUUACCUGGCGUUGCUCUGGGAGCCUGGGACAUGGGGUAGGAGGGACGUCAUCACCUCCUCUCAGUUUGUUGGGAGGCAGCUAAAGAGCGACUCAGAACGUGGGGGUUCUUGUUAGGCUCCAUCAAACGCCUCGUGGGGCGCUAGGGACACAGAGAAGGGCUUCUGACUUGGGUGAUUUGCCAGGGUUGCCACUCAUGUAUCUAUGGAAGCCAGACAGUCAAAGGGGCAAAGGGGCCACAGCGGGGACCAGUGACAAGCUGGGAAAGUAUGGAGGCAUAGCAUUGCCAGAGCUGCUAGCUUUUUUCAGGAAAAGCCACAGACCUGGAUUUUUAUGUGAGCUCUGUUGAUUUUUGAGUGCUGUAAAAUGAGUCAUUUUAAAAAGGGAGGAGCCAGAGUUGGCCUCGGCCUACCGGUUGCCAGGCACUGUGCCAACCGGUCUGCUCCCUGGGCACUGGGAAAUCCAGCCUUGAGCAAGCCAGACCUGCUGGCACGGUGGAGCCCUGCACGGUGCUUCUGAAACCUGUGUGUGUGUAGGACUCGUUAGGCAGAUGGAAAGGCAGGUUCUCCCGGCAGGUCUGCCCUGGGCCUUGAGUGGGGUCUAACAAGCUCCCAGGUGAGGGUGAUCCCGGCGGCCCCUGCACCGCGGGUUAAGUAGAGCUGCUCCGUAAGCCAGAAGGUUCCAGGAGCAGCCAGUGCUGGCAGGACGGGAGGAGGGGCCUUGCCCUGAACGUGCAAAUUCCUGGCCAGCAUCCUGGUUUUGCUUCGGUUUUAGUUUAUUUGGGGUGUCGCAGGAGAGAGCUGAUGGCGUGGGAGGCUUGUGCCAAGGCUCUCCCAGGCUACCUCUUGGCGCUGCCCGGUCUGUAUCCGGAGGUUAAGUUCUAGAAGGCGGGUGGGUGUGGAGGAAGGUGUAGGGAAGCUUCCUGGAGGAGGUGCCUGUGAGCGCAGGAGCGUCCCAGGCGGCGGAGAAAGGGAGAAACCCCCCACUCCCGCUCUCCUCGGGUUGGCUGCCCAGCCACCCCACGUGGCUGCUGUGGGUGAGCCCCCGUCACUCAAGGUCGUGUGUCCUGCCCCGACCCCCCCAGCCCGCCUGCGUGAGGUUAAAAGGCUGCUGCGGGCAGAGCGCUCCCAGAGUGCCGCGCGGCGGGCGGGUUUGGAUUUUAAAUCCCCGCGGCCAAUCAGUAGCGCGCAGGCCUUUGUAACGUUCCCGGCGCCGCGUUUGAAUUCGAGGAGGAGCCGAGCGGUGUCAAACCUCUGGCCAGACCCUGCUAGGGCCGCUGAGCAAUUCCGGGGACAUGAACGCGGCGGCAACUGCAGGGAAGCUGGCGCGGGCAGGAGCCGAACCAGGGAAAGCCGGGGGCCCCGGAGCUGCAGCUCCCGGGGCCCCGGCGGCCGGCCCGCCGGCGAAAGAGAUCCCGGAGGUCCUAGUGGACCCACGCAGCCGGCGGCGCUACCUGCGGGGCCGCUUUCUGGGGAAGGGCGGCUUCGCCAAGUGCUUCGAGAUCUCGGACGCGGACACGAAGGAGGUGUUCGCGGGCAAGAUCGUGCCCAAGUCGCUGCUGCUGAAGCCGCACCAGAAGGAGAAGAUGUCCAUGGAGAUAUCUAUUCACCGCAGCCUCGCCCACCAGCACGUCGUGGGCUUCCACGGGUUUUUCGAGGACAACGACUUCGUGUUCGUGGUGCUGGAGCUCUGCCGCCGGAGGUCUCUCCUGGAGCUGCACAAACGCAGGAAAGCCCUGACCGAGCCCGAGGCCCGCUACUACCUACGGCAGAUUGUCCUGGGCUGCCAGUACCUGCACCUGAACCGCGUCAUUCACCGGGACCUCAAGCUGGGCAACCUCUUUCUGAACGAGGACCUGGAGGUGAAAAUAGGGGAUUUUGGACUGGCAACCAAAGUCGAGUAUGACGGGGAACGGAAGAAGACCCUCUGUGGGACUCCGAAUUACAUAGCUCCCGAGGUGCUGAGCAAGAAGGGACACAGUUUCGAGGUGGACGUGUGGUCCAUCGGCUGCAUCAUGUACACCUUGUUAGUGGGUAAACCGCCUUUUGAGACGUCUUGCCUGAAAGAGACCUAUCUCCGCAUCAAGAAGAACGACUACAGUAUCCCCAAGCACAUCAACCCCGUGGCCGCCUCCCUCAUCCAGAAGAUGCUGCAGACGGAUCCCACGGCGCGCCCCACCAUUCAUGAGCUGCUCGAAGACGAAUUCUUCACUUCUGGCUACAUCCCCGCCCGUCUCCCCAUCACCUGCCUCACCAUCCCUCCCAGGUUCUCCAUCGCUCCCAGCAGCCUGGACCCCAGCAGCCGGAAGCCCCUCUCAGUGCUCAAUAAAGGCAUGGGGAACCCCGUGUCUGAGCGGCCCCGAGAAAAGGAGGAACCAGCGGUCCGGGAGACGACGGACACAGUUGGCUGCCACCUUGGUGACAUGCUGCAGCAGUUACACAGCGUCAAUGCCUCCAAGCCCUCAGAGCGGGGGCUGGUGAGGCAAGAGGAGGCCGAGGACCCCGCCUGCAUCCCCAUCUUCUGGGUCAGCAAGUGGGUGGACUACUCGGACAAGUACGGCCUCGGGUACCAGCUGUGCGACAACAGCGUGGGCGUGCUCUUCAAUGACUCCACACGCCUCAUCCUCUACAACGACGGUGACAGCUUGCAGUACAUCGAGCGUGAUGGCACGGAGUCCUACCUCACGGUGAAUUCGCAUCCCAACUCCUUGUUAAAGAAGAUCACCCUCCUCAAGUAUUUCCGGAACUACAUGAGUGAGCACUUGCUGAAGGCGGGCGCCAACAUCACACCGCGGGAAGGGGACGAGCUGGCCCGCCUGCCGUACCUGCGCACCUGGUUCCGCACGCGCAGCGCCAUCGUCCUGCACCUGAGCAACGGCUGCGUGCAGAUCAACUUCUUCCAGGACCACACCAAACUCAUCCUGUGCCCCCUGAUGGCCGCCGUCACCUACAUCAAUGAGAAGCGGGACUUCCGCACGUACCGCCUGAGCCUCCUGGAGGAGUACGGCUGCUCCCGGGAGCUGGCCAGCCGGCUCCGCUACGCGCGCACCAUGGUGGACAAGCUGCUGAGCUCACACUCGGCCACCAGCCGCCACAAGGCUUCCUCGUAGCCCCUCCGGACUGGUGUCCCCACCCCCCGGACCGUGGCCCCUCUGCUUAGCUCCCACGGGACUGGUUCUUGUCGUGUGCCCCAAGCCCUGGGGGCAGGGGACAGACCCACGGCAUCCUUGCAGGUGGGGCUGCUGUGUAAAUUAUUUUUGUACAUGUUCUGGUGUGUGUUCUGGGCCCUUCCCUCUGGACCCCACCAUAUGAAUUGUGCAGAAUGUCCCUCUUGGAUUCGGCACUAUCCUUUCCUUGUCUUUAUAUACAUUAAACA